UACUAAAUUUAUUUAUUCCUAACCUAUUCGCCCUCCUCCCUCCACGGUUCCCCACACUUUUGCAGAGUCCACGGCACCGCCGUCUCCGUCAUCAUCACCACCGCUUCACCUAACUAUCCCUUCGUAUCACCGUUCACCCCUCCUCCGCUACCGAGAGUAUAUGCACCAACAGUGCUGGAGUCGUAACAAACAUACUGUUAAAGAAACUAAUUACAAACCCUCUCUCUCUCUAUCACUCACUUUCUUCUUCCUCUUUCAACUCAGAAAGAAACAACUCACAGCACCUGAAUAUCAAAUCUCAAGUUUUAGUACCAUCUCCAAUGCCUUCGGUGGCUCGUAGAAGUCACCAACCCACUGCUAAUGGCAAUGACAAGUCCUCCAAUGCAAAUCGGAAUAGGAGACAAAAUAUUGCACAACAGAAGAAGUCUCUUCCUAUUGCUUCGGUUGAGAAGAGACUAAUUGAAGAGGUUCGGAAGAAUGAUAUUUUGAUUAUUGUUGGUGAAACUGGAAGUGGAAAAACCACACAGAUUCCGCAGUUUUUAUUUGAUGCUGGAUUUUGCCGCGAAGGAAAAGUUGUUGGCAUAACUCAGCCUAGACGUGUUGCAGCUGUCACUGUGGCCAAACGAGUUGCUGAUGAAUGUGGUGUUGAUUUGGGCCAAAAGGUUGGAUACUCUGUUAGAUUUGAUGAUUCUACUUCCAACUCAACAAGGAUCAAAUAUAUGACAGAUGGAUUGCUCCUGAGGGAAGCAUUGCUGGAUCCUUAUCUUUCUAAGUAUUCUGUUAUAAUUGUUGAUGAAGCGCACGAGAGAACCGUCCACACUGAUGUCUUGAUGGGCUUGCUAAAAAAUGUCCAACUUGCUCGGUCAAAUUCUACCAGCGAUGGUCGGCACCUUAAUAAUGGGGACAAGAAUGUGAAUGGUUUCAUGUCAUUGGAUAAAGACAAUGGUCAGAAUGGCAAUUUUCUUAAGAAAGACCACCGCGAUAAGAGUUCUCCGUUGAAAUUAAUCAUCAUGUCUGCAAGUCUUGAUGCUCGCACUUUUUCUGAGUACUUUGGUGGUGCUAAAGCUGUUCACAUCCAAGGGAGACAGUUCCCUGUGGAUAUAUUUUAUACUCGCCAUGCAGAAACUGACUAUCUAGAUGCUGCCUUGAUAACGAUUUUCCAGGUUCAUUUAGGGGAGGCCCCUGGUGAUAUACUAGUAUUUCUUACUGGGCAAGAAGAGAUUGAAGCUGUUGAAAGGCUUAUCAAUGAGCGACUUACAAAGAUACCUGAAGGAAGUCGGAAGCUUCUAGUUGUGCCUAUAUUUGCAGCUCUUCCAUCUGAGCAGCAAAUGCGAGCCUUUGCACCAGCUCCAUCUGAAUUUCGCAAGGUGAUUUUGGCAACCAAUAUUGCUGAGACAUCAGUAACAAUUCCUGGAAUCAAGUAUGUAAUUGAUCCUGGACUUGUAAAAGCACGUUCCUAUGACCCCGGGAAAGGCAUGGAAUCUUUGAUUGUAGUACCUACAUCCAAGUCCCAGGCUUUGCAAAGAAGUGGGCGUGCAGGGCGUGAAGGACCUGGAAAAUGCUUUCGUCUAUAUCCAGAAAAUGAAUUUGAGAAACUUGAGGAUUCUACAAUGCCGGAAAUUAAGCGUUGCAACCUUUCUAAUGUCAUUUUGCAGCUUAAGGCUUUGGGUGUUGAUGACAUAUUAGGGUUCGAUUUCAUUGAGAAACCUUCAAGGGCAGCUAUUAUAAAAUCAUUGGAGCAGCUAUUUUUAUUAGGUGCUUUAACAGAUGACUGUCAACUAUCUGAUCCAGUUGGACGUCAAAUGGCACGACUGCCCUUGGACCCUGUUUAUUCCAAAGCUCUUAUUUUAGCUAGUCAGUUUAAUUGCUUGGAAGAGAUGUUGAUAACUGUGGCAAUGCUUUCUGUGGAAUCCAUUUUUUAUACUCCGCGCGACAAGUAUGAAGAGGCAAGAACUGCAACUAAAUGCUUUGGAAGUCCAGAGGGAGACCACAUCACUUUGAUUAAUGUGUAUAGAGCAGCUAAUGAUUUAUUGGAGAAGAGAACGAUGGAAAUGAAUAAAAUGAAAAGCGAAAAGGUUUUGAGAAAAUGGUGCAAAGAAAAUUUUAUUAAUAGCCGUUCUCUUAGACAUGCUCGUGACAUUCACAGGCAGAUUAAAGGACAUGCUGAACAAAUGGGUCUGAGUCUUGCUUCUUGUGGAGAUGAUAUGCUUCAAUUUCGCAGAUGCCUUGUUGCUUCCUUUUUCCUCAAUGCAGCUGUGAAGCAGCCAGAUGGAACCUACAGGGCAUUGGCAAGUGGUCAGGUGGUGCAGAUCCACCCUUCUUCUGUAUUGUUCCGGAAAAAACCAGAGUGCAUAAUAUUUAAUGAACUGAUCCAAACUAAUAACAAGUAUGUCCGUAAUUUAACCAGAGUUGACUACCUAUGGUUAACCGAACUUGCUCCUCAGUUUUAUGCUAUGCAGAACUAAGUAGUUGAUGAUGCCACUAGUAAACAGGUGUUUAUGUGGUGGAACAGAUCAGAUAAAGCUUCAGAUAAUGUCCAGCGACUAGUUUAUAGAGGUUGCAGAAUGGUUUUAGUGAUGACAAUUUAAAGAGGCAUGUCUGUGGUAUUUUGUAACCAUUGAUGUCUAAGAGGUGAUGAUACCACUGAAUCCAACAAUGACAGGCACAUCUUGGAGAUGGAUUUUUGCUACUUAUUUUUUCUUGAUUUUUUCUUGGGCAGCAUCGGCUUCUGAGAUUCAUUGGUGGAAGGACAUCUUACAGUUGAGAACCUCAUUGCAGCGAUGGGAAUUUUGCACACAAACUAUGAAAUAGUAUAACUUUAUUCAAUAUACCUUGACCCUUGACCCUGAUGAGUCAUAAUGAAAUAGAUGAUGUGUUUGGGCAAAUUUGUUGUAAAUGUAAUAUAAAAAAAUCUCUUAAAUUUGAUGUUUUAAUGCAUUUUGUACUCUUCUCUAUAUUACUAUUUUUAAUUAUA